AUGUCUUCUACAAUCACUGCUAUCCGCAAUAUUUUAGUGUUUAUUAAGAAUUAUAAUCUCUACAGUAGUAUCGUUAUGUUAACUAUUGGAAUCAUUGGAAAUGUACUGAACAUUGUCAUGUUUACCAGUUCGAAACCAUUUCGAGGAAAUCUUUUUUCAUUUUAUUUCACCAUUGAAUCAAUUGUGAAUACUAACAUUAUUGUUUUGAAUCUUUUAUCACAACUAGUACCGAUUACCGACACUUAUUCGAUCUGGUGUAGACUCCGAACGAUGUUAGGUCAAAUCUUUUUACCUUUCUCACUCGUUUUGAUAUGUUUUGCUGCUAUCGAUCAAUUUUUUUCCACAAGUCCUAUACCUUACCUUCGUCGGCGUAGUUCACAAAAAACGUCACAAAUCUAUGCAGGUGUUGCUUGCUGCUUAUGGAUUCUUCACAGCAUUCCAGCCGGUAUUUUUACUCAUUCAUUUUUGGGAGUUACUUGCUAUUCAGUAAAUGCAGUUUAUGCUAGUUAUCAACUGUAUUUCUAUUAUCCUGUUAUAUUAGCAUCUUUACCGAUGUCAGUCUCGUCUUUGUUUGCUCUUUUAGCUUAUCGAAAUGUUCGACAUAUUGUUCGGCGACAAGUUCCAUUAGUUCGUCGUCGAUUAGAUUACCAAAUGACAGCAUUGGCUUUUGUGCGUGUUAUUCUUUUCAUCAUUUCAUAUUUGCCUUAUAUUAGUUUCUACAUAUAUUGGUCUGCAACUCCUCUGGAUCGAACAAACUAUGUACAGAUGAUGACUUUGUUCGCUGUCGGCACAGUCAUUUAUUCCAUACUUCUUCUUAAUCAUGCGAUGACUUUCUAUGUUUUUCUUCUUGUCUCGGCACGUUUUCGUCGGCAAGUGAAAAAUCUAUUUGUGAAGAGACUCUGGCGUCGAUGUAAACAACUAUACAAACGCAAACUACACAAUGAAAUUCAUCCGUUAAGAGAAAUAUCAGCUGAAAAUGUCACUGACAAUGAGUGA